AUGGCGCCAAACUUCAAGACUGAAAAAGUUGCCAUAUUUGGCAGUGGUCUAAUCGGUAGAUCGUGGGCGAUGCUAUUUGCAUCUGUAGGGUACCAAGUCACAGUUUACGAUAUCGUGCCCAAACAAGUAACGGAUGCUUUAGCUGAUAUAAAAGUCCAAUUGGAGACAUUGGAAAAAGAUGGUCUCCUGCGUGGCACGUUAACAGCUAAGGAACAAUUUCAGUGCGUUAAAGGUACCACAGAUUUACCAACGGCACUGAAAGAUGCAAUUUUCGUUCAAGAAUGCGUACCAGAGAGCCUAGAAUUGAAGAAAAAGGUUUAUAAAGAGUUGGAUGACUUGGUCGGAGAUAAUACGAUUCUAUCGAGUUCCACAAGUUGCAUAUUGCCAUCCAAAUUCUCCGAGGGGCUAAAGCAUAAAUCACAGGUGGUUGUAUCUCAUCCAGUUAAUCCUCCCUACUACGUUCCUCUUGUGGAGAUAGUCCCAGCACCAUGGACGAAGCCGGAGGUCGCUAAGAAAACGAGGGAAAUAAUGCUGGAAAUCGGCCAAGAACCCGUAUCACUUUCGCGCCAAAUCGAUGGAUUUGUACUCAAUAGAAUUCAAUAUGCGAUCCUCAAUGAAGUCUGGCGGUUAGUCUCUGACGGAGUAGUAAACGUCGAAGACAUUGAUAAAGUAAUGUCCGAGGGCUUAGGAAUGAGAUACGCCUUCUUAGGUUCAUUAGAAACAGCGCAUCUAAACGCUGAAGGGAUGAAAAGCUAUAUUGAAAGAUACGGUGAAACAAUAUACAACGUCAGUAGUACAUCUGGAGCUAUACCUAGAAUGACUGAAAGCGAGCACGCAGACAAUAUCUGUGAACAAUUAAAUAAAUUGGUGCCGAUUGAAAAAUUGCCCGAGCGUAGAGCUUGGCGCGACGCCUGUUUAACUCGUCUAUCAAUACUCAAGAAAGAAAUGAAGAAUAAUUACAAGAACUAA